GUGAAGCGUCGUAGACGUUCAUUGCUCAGCAGCACAUUGGAACAGUCGCAAAAUCCCAGCUUCCUCCAUUCGCUCUGGAAGCUUCAUCUCUGCUGCUGCUGGAAGAAAACAUCACUUUUAUUCUAGAAGACAUUUAUUUCCUGGAAGAUCACUUUUAUUCCUUGGGAAAAACACAUUUGUUCCCUAGAAGAAAACCUCGCUUUUACUCUCUGGAAGAAAAUAAGACAUUUAUUCUUCAUUUGCUGGACUUCAUUGUGCCAGUUGGAUAUCAGGAGGACUGUCUUUUUUUGUUCCAAGAUGAACCAAACGGCCACCGUAUCGCAUCAAGUUCAAUGCCAGUCGACAAAGAGCAUCAAGGACCUUGGAGGGGUGAGUCCACCUCAAAGAAACUGGAAGGGCAUCGCCAUUGCCCUGCUGGUCAUCCUAGUGGUCUGCUCCCUCAUCACUAUGUCCGUCAUCCUCCUCACACCAGCUGACAACCAAGCUGGAAGUGACACAAAACUGACUGUGGAGGAUCUGUUUAAGCCCGAGUUCAAGGUCCAUGACCCAGAGGCUAAUUGGAUCAAUGAUUCUGAAGUCAUUUACAGAAACAGUGAUGGCCAUGUCGUCAAGUUCAACAUUCUCACUAACGAAACUGAGAUUGUCCUGUCAAACACAACAUUUAUAAACUUCAGCGUGGCCAAGUACUCUGUGUCGCCUGACCUGAAGUAUGUGCUCUUUGCUUAUGAUGUCAAACAGGUUUACCGACAUUCCUACAGGGCUUCGUACAGCAUCUAUAAUAUUCACACAAGGGAGGUUUGGGAGCUGGACCCUCCAGAAGUGCUGAAUUCAGUCCUGCAGUACGCUGCCUGGGGAGUGCAAGGCCAACAAUUGAUCUACAUAUUUGAAAAUAAUAUUUACUACCAGUCAGAUGUGAAGAGCAACUCCCUCAGGCUGACGUCCUCAGGGAAGGAAGGGCUCAUAUUUAAUGGGAUUGCUGACUGGCUUUAUGAAGAGGAGAUCCUUCAGACUCAUGUGGCACACUGGUGGUCACCUGAUGGAGAGAGGUUGGCCUUCCUGGUUCUUAACGACAGUCUGGUGCCCAACAUGGCUUUGCCUCGCUUCACGGGCAUGACAUACCCCAAAGGAAAGCAGUAUCCAUAUCCCAAGGCAGGCCAGCCCAAUCCUGUGGUGAAGCUCUUUGUUGUCAACCUUUAUGGGCCGACCCACACGUUGGAGCUGAUGCCUCCAGACAGCCUCAAACUACGGGAACAUUAUGUGACCAUGGUAAAAUGGAUCAGUAAGAUCCAUACAGCUGUCAGGUGGUUGAACCGGGCUCAGAACAUUUCCAUCCUGACUGUGUGUGACACCACUACAGGAGCUUGUGUUAUGAGACAUGAAGAAACUUCUGAACUCUGGCUUUCCAAACAGAACCAAGAACCAGUAUUCUCCAAAGAUGGCAAAAGAUUCUUCCUGACUGUUCCAGUUAAACAAGGAGGGCGUGGAGAGUUUCUUCACAUUGCGAUGUUCACCACACAGUUCAGAGCAGAUCAAAAUGAAGUCCGACAUUUAACAUCAGGAAACUGGGAAGUGACAAAGAUCCUUGGCUAUGAUGAAAACACUGACAAUCUUUAUUUUCUCAGUACAGAGGGUUCACCACGAAGGCGGCAACUAUACAGUGUUAAAACUGUAGGAUUGUUCCCACGGUGGUGUUUAACAUGUGAGCUAAAUAAGGCCCACUGUUUGUAUUUUGAUGCUGCCCUUAGCCCCACCUACCAGCACAUUAUUCUCCACUGUAAAGGUCCUGGAGCACCUGCAGUAAUCUUGCACAGCCUUAACAGUUCAAAUUACUAUAUUCUUGAGAACAACUCAUUGCUGAGGGCAGCUUUGAACUACAAAAGGAUCCAGCUGACUGACUUCAGGAGUGUUUCAAAUGAACAUUUCGAUUUACCUUUGAAAAUCUCGUAUCCACCUGAUUUCUCGGAGUCGAGUCACUAUGGGCUCCUCUUGGUCGUCGAUGGCGCCCCUGGUGGUCAGGCUGUGAGUGACCGCUUCAGCCUCAGCUGGGAUUCAGUGCUGGUCAGUUCAGACAAUGUCAUUGUGGCUCGUCUGGAUGGGCGGGGCAGCGGCUUCCAGGGCCAGAGGGUUCUUCAUGAGGUCCACCAGCGACUGGGCACAGUGGAUGUUCAGGACCAGAUUGCAGCAGUGGGAUAUAUGAUGAGGUUUCCAUACAUUGAUAAGACUCGGAUAGCAGUCUUUGGAAAGGGUUAUGGAGGCUACAUUUCAUUAAUGAUGCUCAAGUCUACAGAUAUUGUAUUCAAAUGCGCAUGUGCAAUAUCGCCUGUGACAGACUGGAAAUUGUAUGCAUCAGCCUUCUCUGAGCGAUACCUUGGCAUGCCUGCGCAGGAUGACAGCAGAUACCAGUUCUCCAGUGUGCUGCAGAAUGUUCAUGCACUAAGAGAGCAGAAACUGAUGCUUGUGCACGGUACGGCAGAUGCCAACAUCCACUUUCAACACACCGCUGAGCUUGUCAAGAGCCUGGUGAAAGUUAGAGCAAACUACUCAAUGCAGCUCUACCCUGACGAAGGUCAUUUCCUGUCGCAUCAGAGCCACCAGCACCUAUAUGCCACUCUCAUCAGCUUCUACAGGGACUGCCUGAAGGAGGAGUUACUGCCACUCACUGAUGACGACGAGGAAGAGGACGAGUAAGAUGAGUCUUCUAGAGUCAGACAGCAGGCUUUCAGAAGAUCUAGAAAAGCCUUUUGCUUUUGGACCAAGAGAUGAUGGACAGGCCAAGAGGCAUCUUAUGGACAUCUGUGAUGACGGUGACACUUUUUACUGCUGGGACUGAGGCAGGAAAUGACCUCCGGCAUCAAAGAAUUCCACGGCAAAGCACACUGAACACUGAUCAUCACUGUCAUCGACACAGUCCAAGUGCAUGCUCGUUUCCCUUCGUGAUCUCCAUUCCCUGUAACACCCGCGUCUCUCCUGCGCUAGCACUCGGGAAGACAAAUGAACACUUCUGAUCUCACGUCUUCUGUUGUUGUUGUACUGCGGUUCACAGUAUAGUCAUGAAAUAUGUACAUAUUUCCGAAUAUCGGACAAAAGGUUAAGCACAGUAUUUUCUUCAUGAGCUGACGUUCGUCCAGCGUUGUGAGUGAACGUGUGACUGGACUUGCUCCGUGUGCAGCGAAAAAACGCAAAGGAAAAUAAUGUAGUAUUUAGUCACAAAUACUUUAAUGCCCAUGAGCACAUGGCUUUCAGUAGAUCCAUGAGCAGAAUCACAAGCUGUUGUUUUUUGUAAUAUUGAGAAUCAACCAACUUUAUACGAUGCACUUGUAAUUGGAGCUUCUAUGCAUUUCUUAUGAUAAGAGGUUAUGUACUGAUGUGUCGCCGUAAGAAAUGCUCCUCUACUACUUGGGGUGUAACGGUACUUGUGGUGAGGUUCAUGGCUGGUGAGGAAUUGACUCAUUUGGGAUUUUUUUUUGUUUGUUUAAUACAUGUUGCUCAUUAAGAGGAUGACAAGAAAAAAAAGGAGAAUCUGUGUUUCGAAUUUUGUGGCUUCAUUUGAGCAGGGUUUGUCAAGAAUAUAUUCAUUCAUAAAUCAUUUGUUGUUGAAUGUGGCCUAUUAUUAGUCAAUAAUAUGCAUAUUUAAGCAAAUCUUGUGCAUUUUGCCUAAAAUAAGCAUUUUCAAGCAUACAAAUGACUAAAUGAAAUAAAUACAAAUAUAAGGCAUACCGACGACGCAUUAAAAGACGCUGUGAAUCAUGAGUAGUAUUCUAUACUGGUCACUAGGUGUCAGUAAUGUUUCUGUAAUGUUCACACAAGCACGAGACUUGAACAUCAGGCUUUUAAUGCAGGUUUGAAUGAUCUCACAAGAGGCACAACAACCCUAAUAAAAACACGGGCUACUGUUGCGGCUGUAACCCACGCCAAGUUAAAAACCAACUCUGAACCGCUGACAUUAAUUCCUGCCCCCCCGCCACCCUGCUGUUCAAGCACCAGAACACAUUUCACCAGAACACACAAGCACAACUCGUAUUCAUGUCGUAAAUGGCUUAUUCACGCUUAUUAUGUCCACUAGAUUGUGUAAAAUGAGUGUAAAGGUGGCUAUAAGGACGUGUUUUCAUGUCUAACCGUGAUAAACGAGGGAUUACUGUAAUUAACUUUCGUUAAAAACUUUCUUUUCAAAUACUUCGUAGUCUUUUUUUUUUUUUUAGGAACUGAAAACCAUUUGUGGUGUUUAUUGUUUUAUUUGUAUAUAAGGUACAUGCACCCUAGCCUCUGAUACGUUGUUGCAGAAGUCUGUUGAGCUCGGAUACAUGACGCUCCAUCUUGGCAGCUCGCUCAUUCACUCAGCAGAGCAUAAAAAUAUCUUUAAUGCAUUUGGCUUUUUGCUGUAUCUAGCGCUAGUGGCGCUGCUGUCAAGUAAACAUAAACUGGCGUUUCCUGUCUAGGGUAGGAAAGCAGUGACAAGCACCUCCUAACUCAUGCACACCUCAGCCCCUUCGGGAUGAGGAGUGUACUGCAGCGCCUCUGCAUAUAACAUUUCUCUUUGUUAUUGUCUGAUUAGCAAGAAUAAUGAUGUCACAAUUACAUUAAAGAUCACAUGGGCUGUAGAAAGUCAUGGAGUAUAAUACAUUUCUGCAAACAUGUUGGCGACAUGCUGACAAACAUGCGCUGAAGUGCACUCAAGAGGUUCAGCUCGUGCACUUAUGCUGGCUGGAGAGAUUUGCCACGGUCUCGUCUCAUUAGGAAAUGUGCAAAUUCAGCGAUUUUCACAUAGGAAAAUACAUUUAUAAUACCGUGUGAUGGCAAAAUGUAUUUUAUGUUUUCAGGAUGACAGGUGAGGUUCUGCUUCACCUGCCUCUCCUGACCACACUGUUGGGUACCCACCUCGUUUUCAAGGUUAUGUUUCGGUUCAUUUUGGGUACAGUAAGGGAACAAGACAAAACUGCUGACCUCUUAUGACGUAUUAUCUUUUUACAAGCACCUUUAAAGUUUUUCAAAAUGAAGCAAAAACAAAAACCCUGCAAACUACUAGCGGGUACAAUGAGCAAAUAAAAGAUGAUUUAAAAAUGUGAUAUAAUCAGUUGUUGACAAUGUUUCUUUUUUAGUAAAGUGCAAUUCAGCAGUUUGAACAGCGUAAAUGAUUUUUAAUUUUUAGUCGAGUUUCUCAUUGGCUGAAAAGCAGCAUGGAUAUUUCCAGCUUGUCGCCCCGUCCGCCACUUCUUGGCGCAAUAAAUGACUCCCGCUAGCCAAAGGCUGGACUGCACUGUACUUGUUUACCGAGUAGACACGUGACGUCAUAAACACUUCCUGUCCCUCAUUUUGAAUGUGUGCCGUGUGGUUUACGUGUGGGAAGCCCAUACAUGUACCGUUACACCCUGACUAACACCAAGCAAGUGCAGCUCCCACUGAAAUCCUCCGCUAGUUCUCCCCUCUGAAUAAAAUCAAGUUCUCUCGGUCACAUUGAUUGUACAGAAGUGUUGUGUAGAAAUGUACAAUGCCUUACAAGGUUCAACAUACUGUACCAUAUCUUACUGGCUGCAGUAGUUUUGCAUUAGCGGUGUCAUGUAAACCGAUGUCAACUCAGGUGUUUGAGACAUAGCGUUGCAGUCUUUUUAGGAUCUUAAAAAGAUAAAACUGCUGAAGUCUGAGGUAAGGUCACAGUGAAGUUGCUUUGAAGAUAACGACUACAUCCAGUCAUUUCCGCAGUGUGUUCCCUCUUGGUACGCUGUUACAGGAAAGCUCAAAAGUGGUGCAUUUGAGUUCUUCAGGAUGCCGUCCAAAGAACAAAUACAUAGAAAUACACUGAAUUAGAAAUGAUAAGAUGGGAGUUUAUGCAGUAUGGGUAAGUGGUUGCAUGUCUACAGGGAACGUGUCAGGUUUUGUACAGAACAAUACAGCAGAGUGUGUACAUAAAUAUAUUUUUGAGACGUCCAAUCUCAUAGAAACUUAAGUCUUUUGGGAUCAAUUUAUUUGACAUGAAUCUGUUGUAUUUUUUUUCCCUUUCUAUUAUGGUUUCUCUGCUAUUUUGGUUUUCUGAAAAUGAAUUUUGUAAUGCCUGGUCACUUUGUGUCUUGCCGUUUUACGAAGGGAAAAGGGCGGGGUCGUGAUGUUGGGGUUAUUGUGAUUGUCCUCUAGUCAUGGUUCUAAAUAAAUAGAUAACAAACAAAGGAGUGUUGAGUCAGCAUGGUGCCUGAUGGGAUCAAUUUCAGUUGGAGAAGAAACAUGAUCUGCAAAGGUUGAAUUGAGGAACCCGGAGUCUUGGUUGAAGAUGUUAUACGUUUUGAGCAUGCUAAAAACUUUCAAGGACGAUAUGAAGUGUAAAAAUUGUAGUAAAAGGUAUUCUAACUGCACGUUGACUGCAUUGUAAAGAUUCUUACGGUAUUCCAACAGCAUUCAAAUAAAAAAAAACGUAUUAAGCAUCUCCACCAGCGGACGCCGGCAUGGACAGUGCAGAGGUGCCGAAACCCAAGAAAGCCCACUGAAAUGUCACUCACCAUUGAUGAAAGGUCACUCACCAUUGAUGGUCACCAAUUCACAUCACGUGAUGCCGCCAAGGAGAAAAGGAACCAAGCUCUACCACCGGCACAUCACGUCAUGACACCAAGGAAAAACACAGCCAUACUUACAAAACAACACCCUUACACACCUGUUACACUCGUAAUUACCGAUAUGGUACACAAAAUGAAAGUAAAUCAUUUAAGACAUAUGACUCAUGCCAAAAGCCGCGGAGCCGUUUUCAACGGGUCGCCAGUCCUGCCAAAAAAAAAAAAAUCGUAAUGACCCGAUACCCUUGAAUGCACCUCACGUCUUAGCUUGCUACGCCACCACGAGGUACAUGACAUGUUUACGGGCGACUUGGCCAAGCUUGAGCAAGAGGGGAAGGACAUCGAGCGUGAACUUUACGAUCAGUCCGUCAGUAUCUGCUGGGGAAGAGUGCAUUACAAAGAGACGAACCUUUCACCACUCCAGCUUCCGCCCACAAUAAAGACUCGCAGUGCCCAGUCGCUGGUGGACCUCGUGAAGAACCCGCUGACCCUGGAAGCCGCUGCCCCGCCCAUCUAGACGAGCCACAAUGACAUUGUCUGAACUGACCAGCGCUGAAUCCCAGCUGAGGCUGAAGCGGUCACUCACAGCCUGACCACCAGGGGAGCUGUCACUACAAAAGCACAUACUAUUCAUUUACUUCCGGUGCAAGCAGAGCACUGAGGCACACCUGCAGCCGUUUUCCAAUUCUUGGUGUUCUUAAGCACAACGGCUGUGGUAGGACGCCAUCAGCUUGUUCCUCUUCAUCCACAAUGCUUCAUACCACGGCAAGAAGUUAGAGAGCUGUCUUCCUUCCUUGUGUUUUAUCACAGGUUAGCAUUCCUAUUUCUGUUUUUGGUUUUUGAAUACAGUCUGUUGUUCUGCUCCAGAUGCCCUAUUGAUCUAGCUUUUUUUCCCUGUUGGAACUUUAUUCAUUUCACAGUGCUUUUUUAUGUGUACCUUUGUCUGUCUCUCUGCCUUUUGUCUCUGCACAGACUAUUGCGCUGUUCAUGAGCAAGCCAUUCAAGAAGUUAUUUUUUGCCAACUUUGCCUCUGUCUCGACACCCAGGUUCCAAUCCAAAACCCAAACAUUGCAGCUAUUCUAGUGAAACAACAUCAAACCAUUCUCAACUUUGUACAAUUAAGAUUUCAACCAAAGUUUUGGGGAAAAUGCUUUAAAUAUUGCAGAAAUACCCUGCCUGACCUUACCUGAACUUUCUUUUCCAGGCAUAAACACAACUGUACAGCAACAUAACAUCUCAGCUAUCAGCAGUACACCAAACACAUUGAAAUAGCAUGCUAACAACAUCAUGAAUUGGUGGCAAUGGUGGACUUGGCUCAGCAAUUAGUGACCAGCUCGGCGGCUGGACGCUUAAGGCACACGACACAUACGAUAUCACAAUAUCAAACGAAUGAUUUCUGAUUGUACCAUUUUUUGCUGCUGUUGUUGUUUUUAGUUUUCUUGUUACAUUCUAUUUCUAGAUUGUGCCGUGGGCCAAUAAAAAAAACAUCCACGGGCCGAAAUGACACCAGGGCCACAUUUUGGACACCCCUGCACUAUGCCAAACAUGUGAGGUAUUACAAAAAGGAAACCAAAACAAGAAACCGUUUUUAUGGUGAAAUAUGAAGGUCAAGCGCAUCUGCAAUACAACUCAUCUUUUGUCAUUAAUGAGGAAAUCAACAAAUAAAACAAAUCUGAGGUCGUACAGUGUCACAGAAUGGACAAUGUUGGAAAGGACAAGAAGUGCUGUGCGCUUUGUUAAGUUUGUAAAAGUUUUACUUGAGUAGAGAUCAUGGUCACGUGGUGGAAAGUUCCAAGACCACCGUGUUUUAAGGGCAGCGUCAUGAAGAAUAUGGUGUCGUCCUUUGAAAAGAAUGGCUCUUCAUUCUAGGAAAAACACAGCAAUUGAAAUGUUUUCUCAUACUGAGAAAGUUGUACAAACAAAUCACUGAACAACUAUUUCCAAGAAUUGGUGGUCUGUUAGGCAGUGACAUCAUUCAAACAUCAAACUUAAAUUUUUGAUGAUCGUGUUUACUGUUUCAGCACGUUCAUAAUUACAAAGCGUGUGAACUCUAACUAAUCUAACUAAUGACCUUGCUGUUGGUGCAAUCAGUGGUAAUAGUGAAGAAAGUAAAGGAGUAAUUAGGGUCACUAUUGAAAGAGAUGCUCCUUAUUACAAGCCAGUACACAGGCUACAUUAUUUCAUAGCUGUCAUUUAACAAGACAGGCCAAUUUGGCGUGCUGGUGGAAAAAAACAUAAUACACAGUAGCCUGGAAUGUGCUCCAUAUUUGUGUUUUGUGUUUUCCUGGAGAAUGACCUCUGCAGAUUGCAGUUUUUUUCUCCAUAUUAAAAGAACUAACUGCUCCUGGCCAUCUGUCAUUACAAAGUAUACUAGGGGUGUAUAAGGGUGUAUAAGACGCACUGGUGUUUAAUCCACACGCACCAAAUUUAGAGUGGAAAAACUGAGGAAACUAUAAGAAAAGUCAUAACGAGCUUGUCAGCCCAUCGGCAAUCGCAGGAGGUCACUACUCGAUAUAACAGCCUGACUCACGGUGCCUUAGAAAGAACGCUAAAAUCAUCACACAGCAAUUUCAUAUGACACACAAAAGGUAGCAACACAAGUACCAAUACGAGUUUAGAUUAAAAAACAAACGUCUUCCGAUCAUGCGUUUCUUCCCAGCAAAGCAUUGCAUUGGCCAUGGCUCCCAGGGCACUGCAACGACUCAUUCAGCUUCCUCCGUCCACCAGAGGGAGCCUGCCUGCAAUGAUUCAUUCCCUAUUGUCAUGUUCUGUGUGCUGCUCUGCUGCCCUCUAUCUGCUAUGGGUUGCAGCACACCACCGAGCCUACCAGGAGGAGCUAAUUAACACACCUGUGGGCAAUUACCAAGCUGCAGUCUGACUUGCACUUGUUGCCAGAUUGUUACCUGCUCUUCGCCUGCUACCGGCUCCUUCCAGCACCGUGCUUUUGCGUCAAGCUACUCUCUGGUCCUUUUUUGCUUUUUAUUCUGUAUGUACCUCAGUAUUCCCUGCCAGGCUUUUUCCCUGCAGUGGUGAGUGUUACUAGUGCCCGUGUGUCCUGCUUGGUUCUCAGCAGCGUUUUCAGUUAGCAUUUUUCCUUUCUGCUACAUUUUUUGCAGCACCUUUUAGUUCUAGUUUUUCCCUGCUUGUUUGCCGUCCUAGCAGCGUCUUUUGUUCUUAGUCUUUUCCCUGUGACUAGUUUUGUGUUGUACUUUGUGGUUUUGUGUUGUACUUUGUUUUUUUCCACCUAGUGGUCACCUCUGUUAAGACAUUUUUGUUACAUGGACUGUCUCGACUCUGCAGUUGGGAUCCAGUACUCUUGGCCUCAGCCAAUCGUAACACCUACUCCCUCUGGUGGACAGAGGCAGCUCAUUGUAGCGCACCGGCAGCCAUGGCCAAUGAAAUGUUUUGCUGGGAAGAAAAGCAUGAUGGGAAGCCGUUAAAAUAGUUGUUUUUUUAUUCUAAAGUCGUAUUGGUACUUGUUAAGUAUAUUUCUUACCUACCUUUUGAGUGUGAAGUUGCUGUGUGAUGAUUUUAGUGUCCUUUCUGAGAUGACACCGUGAGUCAGACUGUUCUAUUGAUUAAUGACCCCCUGCGAUUUCCAGUAGGUUGACAAGCUCGCCCUGAGUUCCCUUAUAGCUUGUGAUUGGCUCCUGCCAAAGAAAGAGCUACUGUUUCCUCACUGACUCGUGAGCGGCACAGUAUUUAAACUACUAGUAGUAAUUCUGCAGUAAAGGAGAUGUCUGUAUAAGCCGCAGGGUUCAAAGUUUAAGAAAAAAAGUAGCGGCUUAUACAUUAAGUAAUUACAGUAUUAGAUUUUGUCAGUUGACCCAAGUGCAAAGAUAUGAACAGUCCAUAUUUGUUAUGGUAGGUUUAUUGUAACAGAAACAGACAACACAAUUUGUAUUUGAUUGAGUGAAAUAAGUAUUUGAUUCCCCACCAACCAGCAAGCAUUCAGACACCAACAGAGCGGUUAUAUGUACAUGAAACACACAAAUUAGUCCUGUCCCUCAGGAAAGUACUUCUUUGGGCAAGACCAAACAGCUGUGAAAGGACCUCAAGGGAGAAUAUUGUAGACAUGCAAGACUGGAAAGGACAAUAAGACCCUCAACAAGAAGCUUGGUGAGAAAGAGACCACUAUUGGGCUAAUAAUUUAUAAAUGGAAUAAAAUAGAAAUAAAAAAAUAUAAAAUAAAAUAAAAAAAAAAAUGACAGUCAACAGCACUCGCUUUAGAGCAUGCAAGAUUUAAUCUGGUGGACUAAGGAGGAUUGUUAGAAAGGUGAGUGACCAGCUGGAGCUGGUUAAUGAUAUCAGCACAGUCACCAAGAAAAGCAUUUAAUAACACACUUUGAUUUCAUUUUCAUAGUCAUGACACAUUUUUUUCAUCAGAUAAUCAAUCCCUUGCUACUCCAUGUAAAUAUUAGCCAUUUUUGAACUGUUUUUGUAUUUUAAGGAUUUUUGUUACAACGAGCCAGCUAACACCAAUGUCUAACUUCACUGCAAUCUACUGCGUUUUAUGAAUGAUUAGACAAUGAAGCCACAUUAGCCUGUAAAUUGUCAGUUGUGUUUGAAAUUAAAAUACAAAUAAUUACAUAAAAAUGUUUUUGGUUUGCUUUGACAGACUCGACCAUCUGCUUACCUGGCGAUCAAGCCACUCGUCUGAUAUCAUCACAUGUCUCUGAAAUGAGGAGGGCAAAUAUAUCAUCAUGCUUUCAUCAUGUGACAGUAUAUUUCUGAUGACACGACAAUUUGUAAAAAAAAAAAAAAAAAAAAAAAAAACAACCUUUGUGCACUUGUUGGUGAGUACGUCACAGAGUGAAAGAAUGGACAUGUUUUGCGCCCGAUUCACCCAGCGCACAGCAAGCUUCUCCACGGUCACCCACUUCACCAUUGUGAUGUAGUAUUGACUAUAAAGGACAAAGUUAAAUGUUGUGAGAAAAUAGGUAACACAGUUAAAUUUCUCAAUUAUUUGCAGUAAACGAUCUCCGUUACCUCUCGUCCAGACUCUCAGGAGGUAACAGCUCAGUUGUUUGGGAGCUGCCAUCGAGAAUUACCACAUAGAGCUUUGCAGUGGGAUUGAUUUGACCCAUCUAGAUCAAUAUAACAGAACAAAUCAGUUGAAUGAACCCAUCAAAUCAAGUACGACAAACAAUUUGUGGUGCUCUGCAUGAACAGUGAUGACAAAGCAAAACAUUGCUUAUUCAUAUCCCUAUGUGGUGUCAUGAUAAUGGAACGACAGGGAGGACUACCGCAAUGAUUAUACACAUUAUUAUACACAUAUGCACAUGUAGAGAACAAGUUGGAAGAUACAACGUGCAGGCCCUGGAGCAAGCAAGAAAAUCAUGGUUCAUGUUUUUAUUCCUUUCUUCAUAAUACCUGCACUUUUUGCUCUUCGCUUGCUGGAAACCGUGGACUUAACAUUGUUUUCAAACCAGAACGAAUGCAUUAAUCAGUUCUUUGGCCUGAAUGGAAAUAUGUUGUGACAACAUUGCUUAAAAAUGAUGGCAAACCUCCUGUUAGCUGCAGUUACCCCCUUCGAAUGCACAAAAAUAAAUGAGCAAAUUAACCCAUGAGAACCCACAGCCAUGUGUGCUGAAAGUCAAAUGAUGGAUGAUGUACCACAGACACACUACACAGAAGACAUUUUUGAUGUUUUUUUUUUCUAAAAUACUACACAUUCAUGUCAAAGAUGUGUGAUGUUAACAUUUUUUAGAUACAUCGUUCAUGGGAAAUGUACUAUGCUUUUUUGAAAAGAAGUCACAGCAACACUUUUUUGUGUACCACACCACAUGCAUCUUGCGCGCUUAUGCAGGUGCAUUGCAAUGUUGAAUUUCCCUCACUUGAAAUGUGCUCCGAGUUGUACCAAACUAUCCAUCCAUUUUCUAUGCCGCUUAUCCUCAUUACGGUACACCCUGGACUGGUCGCCAGCCAAUCGCAGGGCAUGUACUGAACUAACUGACUGACAUUCACAACGGCGCCACAUAAGUCUGCAGUGGUGUUAGUUAUAGCAAUGGUGUGGUAUCAACACACACUAGGGAGGAGUGUAUGCCUUUUGAAAUAAUUUUAUGGUGGGUUUAUUUUAACAAAGAGAGACAGAAUGUAAAAAUAACAACCAACUUACUGUACUCUCACUCCAAUACACAGUACGAGGUUUGGGGAUCAAUAAGUAGUUCUCACCUUAGGGUAAGCAUACUCUUUACUCCUGGGGUAAACCGAGCCAAUGUAACAGGGCAAUAGCAUCUUUGGAACCAGGGAGUCAUUGAUGGUGAGGUAGGCAAGUCUUGAACCAUCAGGUGACCACCAGUGGGCUGCCUGAGUGUGCAAAACCUCCUCUGGAAAACAAAUAGAAUCCAACUUGAAACUGUGAACCAGGAGCUACUAACGCAUUAGGUACUUGUGCUUAAUAGCAGUCACUUGGUGUAGAAAUGUGCCCGUAAUACAUGUUCCCCUACUAUUUCUCUUACUGGGCACGCCAUGAAACAUUCCAUUCUAAUAACAUGUCAGUGAUGUCACAUUUCUGUCUGAAAACUCUUUCUUUUCAAUGAAUAUACUUGUAUAUAUAAGUCAACCUGUUUCCAGCCAAAUCUGGUGGAUGUUACUGUAUGCCAUGCGUUUAUUGUUGUAUUUCCCUAUUUCUGCCUUUUUAUGUUUCUGCUUCGUUUUUGUCAGAUAGCUUUGUCUUGCGGCUGGGGUCGGAGCAGAACGAGGCAGAUGGACGCAUUCGGCAAAUACUCUGAUUCAUAAACCCUGCAUCCACACCAGUGCCAGAUUAUUCAAACAUGUAAACAAAGCAUUCAGCUUUUCGGUGUGCUUUUCAGUGUAGUACUUGACACAAAUUUCACAUUUCAAACCUUGUUGUUUAUACACAUAUACUACUACACAUAUACAUAUACUGCUUAAUUUUUAUUCUUAUUUAUACUGCACUGUCAAAGUAUCUUUUCCUCCAAAUUCCUCAUGGUUCUGGUCUGUUCUGUGCCAAUACUUCCAUGUUCCCAUGUUCUUGUUUUAUUAUGUUCAGUCUUUUUCGUUAUUGCUAGGUUUUUGUUGGUACUUUUUAUUAUUCUUUCUCCAGUGUCUUCCUCAACUGCCUUGUUACUCCCUUCCUAGUAUGUUAUUUUCCCAGCCUUAAGCCCUAAUUUCUGUUUCUCUUUUGGACACUUAUUUAGUUGGUCGUUUUUU